UUAUUCUGAAGUGUCGUACCGGAAGUAUGUCCGUUGACCCGGUGUAAGUUGACAGUGGUGCACCGCUAGAGACAAAUAAUCGGGACCAGUCGACGGAAUCUCUGCGCUGCUGUUUAACUUGCUCCGACAUCUGUUUACCGUGUUAUUUACCGGAGCUGUUUACCUUCAACAUGUCGCACACGGUCAUCACGACGACAACAACAACGAGGACGUUCGGUGACAGUGUCCUGAACCUGGGCUACAACCGGACCAUCCCGGGAUUGCUCAAGAUAGGACAGAUGCUCGCCCUGCUCGUCGCCUUCCUGUGCGUCCACUGUGCCCACGGGUGGCCCAGCUGGGCGGCCUGCCAGUACUUUGAGGUGGUGGCGUUGUGGUUCCUCAUCGCCAUCCUCAUCUUCUUCCUCAUGCACCUGUUCAGGCUGCAGGCAAAGAUGCCCUGCAUCAACUGGCCGCUGACGGAGUUCUUUCACUAUGCUGUGGGCUCCGUCCUCAUCCUCAUCGCCUCCAUCAUCGCAGCUGUGAAGAGUGGCGGAGUGUCAGCACUGGUGGCUGGAUCGGUGUUUGGGUUCAUAGCCACGUUCCUGAUGGUCAUUAAUAUGUGGACGUCUUACAGUGUGAGCUGCGGUCCUCAUCAGACAGGUGCAACAGUGUAAAAAGCGAUCCGUCAUGAAGAAACCAGUUGGCUGUGUUGGCAGAUUGGUGUGUCCUGGUCAGUUUUGUGCCUAACAACCACCUGGAUAAUUACCCUGCCUGGAUUAUAACUCGUACUGCAGAGGUAACAGAAGUGCUGAUUCAGGACCAGCCAUCAUUUGCAGCAAUCUGAAACACAAAUAUCCCUGAUCAUCACGGUAAAACCUGAAGGACACUAGUUAUAGUUACAGUAUUACUCACAGUGAUUUUUUUUUUUAUUCCUCAUUGAGUCUUUUUAAACCUCUGAAGUCCCAUUUUUAUGUUUAAGGUGCUCGGCUUCACAUUUUAAUCAUCAAUGUAUCAGUGACCAAUCACACCAAUCAGUGACCAGGCAUUGCUGUCACAAGUGCAUUUCCCAUAGUCCCCGUUGUAUCGCUGCCCUCACUUUCCCACCCUGAAAAGAGUCGGAAUGGUGUUUAAGGUUUUUUAAAUGAAAGCUUUUCCCUUCUUCUGCCAUCUGAGUUAGAGAA